AUACGAACUCAUUGUGUCAUAUGACGAAUGAUAUACUUCCGCAUAUUUUUAUAUUUUAACACAUUACUUCAUGAUGUUGCAGUACUUGAUGUCUCAACACAUGAAUACAGUUUAGGAAUGUUGCCCUCCUCUCUGUAUACUAGUAGGACACUAGUGGAACUGAAGUUGUACGGAAGGUUUGACAUGAAGUUUCCAGAACCUGUCCAGUUGCCAUAUCUCAAGUCCAUGCAACUUUUUAAUGUUGAAUUUUCUGACCCUUACUCCCUCAAUAGGCUGAUGGCAGGGUGCCCUCUGCUUGAGGAUCUUGUUGUUGGAGGAUAUUGGGAAGAUGUUGAAGAUAUUAGCAUUUCCUCGGCAAGGCUGACUAGUUUGACUAUGGAUUUUAGUGAUAGUUUUGGCUCAUUGCACCACAGAUCUAGUGUGGUGCUUGACCUUCCAAAUUUGGUGCAUUUUAAAUAUUUCGAUAGGUUGGCCAGGAGCUACUCUCUCAUGAAUCUGAACUCACUUGAGGAAGCUCGCAUUGAAGUUUUAUUGGACAUGGAUAACCCUGUGUGGUCGGCUUCUUGUAGUGCUGUUCUUGGCCUCUUAUAUGGAGUUUCAAAUGCCAAGCAUCUAUUUAUUUGUGGCAAAUGCCUGGAGGGUCUUGACACUGAUGAAUAUACGUUGCCAACAUUCUGUAAUUUGCGACGAUUGGAGUUUGGCUGGAGCAAAUAUUUAAUAUGGAGACAUGUGUUGUGUCAGUUCCUCGAUAGUGCACCCAUGCUUGAGGAUCUAAAUUUCUCAGAGGGUCUUUUUCAUCGUAAAAGCGAUUCUGAUGAGUACAGUGACAAGAACUUUUGGGCUAGACAACGGAAAACGCCUGAUUGUCUCUCUUCUCAUGUCAAGACCAUUAUGAUAGACUCUUUUCAUGGUUUUGGGGAAGAAGUGAAGAUCGCAAGGUAUCUUCUCAGACACGGUAAGGUUUUGGAGAAGCUAAUAUUGGAUUAUGACAUCCAAUCAAGUGAGGACGAGCGAGAACUAAAGAAACUACUCAAGGCCAAAAGGGCCUCCAAAGAAUGUAUAAUUGAGUUGCUGUUUUGAUGUUCAGCGAUACAUCCCACGAUGCUCAUUUGUGGUGUUUUUAUUUAUUUUUUGUCAGUAGCAUUAUCUUUUACUUUGGUAAUCAAUGCAAGCGAAUUGGACCUCUGCUGAUGAUUUUAAUGGAUUGACAUGGAAUUAUCUUUACUCUGCUAACCCUUCUGCUAUUAUUGCUAAUUUGCUGCUGCUGUUAA